CGAAUGCAGUAUAGAGUUUAAUUGCAGUAGAUUAAUUAGGAUCCAAAUGUUAUUCCAAUCUCGAUUAUGUAAUCUCUCAAGGGUUUGAGCAAGUAUUUUAAAUAGAAAAAAGGUACAUAAAUGUAAAGAUCUUGUACAUCAUUAUCUCCAAAACAGAACAUUACUCGAAAGAACUCUAAUUAAGUUGAAAAUCAACUUUUAAAUUUUGUUAAUAGUAAUGAGAAUAGAUCAGUUCCAAAUUUGUUUGAAAAUGUCUAAAAAAAGAAUAUAAAUGCUACUCUCAACCAAAAACCAUCAAAAGGGAGAAGUUCAUCAAUUAUGAUGAAUAAUUUAAGUUAGGAAGAUUGGAAAUAGAAAUAUUUAUAAUUAAAGGAUACUUUGAAUCAACGUAUCGCUUCCUUAGAAUAAGAAUUAGAAAGAAUUUAUGCUAUUGAAAAUAAUGCAACUAGCAUUAUUGAUUCUUUAAAUCAUUAGAUUAAUUAAUAAAACUUAUAAUUAGAAGCUUAUAGAAAUAGAGUAAGAGAAAUUGAAAUAGAUUUAGAAAAUAAGAAUUAAUAAAUAAAAAAGAUGACUAUUGAUAACAAUUAAUUCUAGAUAAUAAUAAAUGAGAAGAAUAACUAAAUAGAUUAAUGGAGAUAAGAUUUAAGAACUCCAAAAUAACCAUUUCUAACCACAGCAAUGAAAUAAAUUUAAUAAAUCUUUGAAUAAUUGGAGGUAUUACAAUUCAUUCAUAAAUAUAUAGAACUCAUAAACAAAUUAUAAAAUUCAUACACCAUUAAGUCAAAAUUUAUCAAUAUCAUCGUCAUCGAUGGUAGAAAUGAUAAAUGAAAUGAAAGAGUCUUCUUGA